AUGUUAUCCUGUGCAUCUGACAUCAACAGACCGUCAUAUCAAGAGUGCAGCCGGUGUUGAAAAAAAUGAAAAAGUUCACGCAGUUUCCUUCUUUGCUCGAGAAUGUUUCAGCUUGGAACUGAUCGUCCCUCACUGAUUUGAUAAGCCAGAUAUGAAACAAAGCACUUACUAGUAAAAAUGAUACAAAAAGGAAUCACUACUAGUCAUAGAAAUCAGAUUUUCGAUAAACUCGAUUAUUACAAGAAAUUGUGGUGCGUGAAGCCUCACUUAUAUCCUGUGAUAAAUUUAAAAAUAACAGGUGGUUAGUCUUUGAAAGAUGAACCUGAUAUAUGAUCUGAUCUGUGGACGAUUCCUCUGUAGUCCAGUUUGUAAAAUCCGCGAGAUCCGAAGGUCUGAGGUCGGAAUCUCGAGACUUAGUCUUGCAUUACUGCUAUAAACUGUUUGUAUUAGUUCUCGCGGAGACCGUCUCUGUUUCCUGGCUUUCUUAACAUAUCAAUGUUGUUUCAUGUUUAAAGCAAAGUCCUUCCAGCUGUAACGCCGCAAUACCAGGUAUGCACGGCAAGCCUGGGUCCCCUGGGUUACCAGGUCGUGACGGCCGAGAUGGACGUGACGGAGCCAAAGGGGAUCGGGGAAGCCAAGGCAGAACUGGACGCCAUGGACCUCCAGGUAAUAAAGGAGAGCCUGGAAUCCAGGGUCCUACUGGCCAAAAGGGGCAACGUGGAGAAAGUGGGAUAAUUCGGGCAAGUACUAUGCCUUUUAAAAACUGGAAAGAAUACGCCUGGAACAACUUGGACGACAGCAAGGACCAAGGGCUUAUCAAGGUAAAAACUAGUCAAAGCCAGAUUAGUUUUCAAAGAAACGGAAGUCCUUUUAUUUAAUUAUUCGUGCCACAUUAUUUGGUAUCAGUAUCGAUCAUGGUCUUAAAAGAUGCAAACUGCGUCAGCGGCAGAGAAUUCUUAUCUGCUUUCAACCACUCUUCAGUCUCUUUUGCCAAAUUAAUUACUUCAAUUUUAUUUUCUUACCUACAGGAGUGCAUUUUCACCAAGAAUUUUUCUGACACUGUCCUGCAUGUCUACUGGACCGGAGUACUUAGAGUAACUAGCUGCACCACCUGCUGUAAGCGCUGGUAUUUCACUUUCAACGGUGCUGAAUGUUCAGGUCCCCUACCAAUUGACGGCGUUGUGUACCUAGGAGGGGCAGCGCAGAAUCCUCACCGUGUCCGCCAUAUUGAGGAUCACUGUAACAACGUCCACAAAGGAAAGGUGCGCGUGGGAUUCUGGGUUGGCAAUUGUCCCGGUUUGGGAAACGCUGACGCUAACACGGGUUGGAAUUCAGUGUCCCGGAUCUUUAUCGCCUCAGCCUUAGGUUGA